CGGCGCGCAAGGCGGCGCCCGUAACCUAACUGGCUCAGCCGAGGAGCGAGUGGGGAAAGCUGCGGCCAACCAAGCCCAUCGAUCCCCAGAGGGCAUUCGAAGCCGAACCAUGGGGAUCCCAUGCCCUAGAAAUCCGGAGAGAAGCAGAAGCUGCCACCUCCGACCACCAUGCAUUGCCCUCUAUAUACCCACACUUCACUGUCCUGACGCGGCAGUGAUUGAAAGCUCGCGAGAGUCUCACAGACAAGUUCUUUUUCACUCCCGUCUUCCACGCCCCGGAAGAGGUGGUGGCUCUCUCUCCUCGCCUCAACCCUCCAGCCCUACCUCACAAGGCAGCGCGGCCCCGAUUGCGACCAAUCACUAGGCUCGUUGUUAGAGGCCGCGCGAUGAGCCAAUGGAGCGCAGCAGCGCGUGUCCGAGUUCCUCCGACCCCUCCCCCUUUCCUCUUGCCGCUGCCCCCCUCCGCACCCAGCCCCUGGCUGCGGAAGUGAUGUCACAGGCCCCAUGUGAGCGGAUUGCAACACAUGCAGCUGCCUGGAGAGAGGGAGCCGGUGUCCUACAUCAGAGCCGCCGCCGCUGCCGCCGCCGCCGCGGAGCCGCCGCCGCCGGGGAGGAGCCGCUGCCACCCGGGACUGGGCCCUUAGGGAGGAAGAGGCGAGAAGAUGGCUGACGAUCCCAGCGCUGCCGACAGGAAUGUAGAGAUUUGGAAGAUCAAGAAGCUCAUCAAGAGCCUAGAAGCGGCCCGCGGCAAUGGCACCAGUAUGAUAUCGCUGAUCAUUCCUCCCAAAGACCAGAUUUCUCGAGUGGCAAAAAUGUUAGCUGAUGAGUUUGGAACUGCAUCCAAUAUAAAAUCUCGUGUAAACCGACUUUCAGUUCUGGGAGCCAUUACAUCUGUACAGCAAAGACUCAAACUCUAUAACAAAGUACCUCCAAAUGGUCUGGUUGUUUACUGUGGAACAAUUGUGACAGAAGAAGGAAAGGAAAAGAAAGUCAACAUUGACUUUGAACCUUUCAAACCAAUCAAUACAUCAUUGUAUCUGUGUGACAACAAAUUCCAUACAGAGGCUCUUACAGCGCUACUGUCUGAUGAUAGCAAGUUUGGCUUUAUUGUAAUAGAUGGUAGUGGUGCACUCUUUGGCACUCUGCAAGGAAACACAAGAGAAGUCCUGCACAAAUUCACUGUGGAUCUCCCAAAGAAACACGGUAGGGGAGGUCAAUCUGCCUUGCGUUUUGCCCGUUUACGAAUGGAAAAACGACACAACUAUGUAAGGAAGGUAGCAGAAACUGCUGUGCAGCUGUUUAUUUCUGGGGACAAAGUGAAUGUGGCUGGUCUCGUUUUAGCUGGAUCAGCUGACUUCAAAACUGAACUAAGUCAAUCUGACAUGUUUGAUCAGCGAUUGCAAUCGAAAGUUUUAAAAUUAGUUGAUAUCUCCUAUGGUGGUGAAAAUGGAUUCAAUCAGGCAAUUGAGUUGUCUACUGAAGUCCUCUCCAACGUGAAAUUCAUUCAAGAGAAGAAACUAAUAGGACGAUACUUUGAUGAAAUUAGCCAAGACACCGGGAAAUACUGUUUUGGAGUUGAAGACACACUAAAGGCUUUGGAAAUGGGAGCUGUAGAGAUCCUGAUAGUCUAUGAAAAUCUAGAUAUAAUGAGAUAUGUUCUUCAUUGCCAAGGCACAGAAGAAGAGAAGAUUCUGUAUUUGACUCCAGAGCAAGAGAAGGAUAAAUCUCACUUUACAGACAAAGAGACAGGACAGGAACAUGAGCUGAUAGAGAGUAUGCCGCUACUGGAAUGGUUUGCUAAUAACUAUAAGAAAUUUGGAGCAACAUUGGAAAUUGUUACAGACAAGUCACAGGAAGGAUCCCAGUUUGUGAAAGGAUUUGGUGGAAUUGGAGGUAUCUUGAGGUACCGAGUAGAUUUCCAGGGAAUGGAAUACCAAGGGGGAGAUGAUGAAUUUUUUGACCUUGAUGACUACUAGGUAGUCGACCUGGGUCCGGCAAAACGUGCCUCGCCCUCCAGCAUCCAACCCAAGGAGCAAAUGCGUGGUGGAAACAAAACAGAUCCCUGCCUUAUGAUUGGAACAUUUCCAGAACUUGAUCCAUGAGCAUUGGAUAUUGAAAACAAAACAGAAACAAAAAAACCCAACCCUACACUUUGAUUUGUCAUGGUGUCAGUGCAGCAGCAAACUACUAAGUUCCUAAAUGCCACUUUGGACUAAUUUAAAAAAAGAAUCGCAGUUUUUACUUUUACUCAAUGGUGAAAUUGGUUGCUCUUGUAUUUUAUGAAAAAAAAAUGAUUUUUUUAACCUUCAUACAUAGAAGCAAAAAUACUUUAACUGCUGUAAAACCUUCAAAAGUUAAUAGAAGUAAGAUCAUAAUGGUUUGUUUCUUAUUUUGAUUGGAGAAAAUUUCAAUUGCUGCAUUUCGCGGUGACCCAUUUACAUGGCAUUCUCAGCUUAGACUGCAUAAGAAGAAAUAUAUGUGGUGAAAUAUUGGAACCAUUUCUCUCUUGGUCUCUGUUUAAUGUUGAAAGGGUAAAAUAACAGAAGGCAGCGUCAGCUUCUUCCCCUAAACCCACACCCCACAUACCCCAAGCAGUCGGUUCAGAGGGUACAAGUUGCACUGCACAUUCAAACUGACUUAGGAAUCGCUGAGUCACUGGACUGUUUACUCACGCCCAUUGUGCAGAAGCAUUUGUGCCCAAGUUUCAGGAGCUUUCAUCACUGUAUGCUCUAAGGAGGGUGCCCAGGAUCUUAGCCUGCUAGAAACUAGUUGGGGGUAGCGGGGGGUGGGUGGGAGGGUGGGGGGAGUAAUGGGGCACUUGUGCUGGGAUUGUGAGAAAUAAAACAUGCAAUUUAAGUGGAAGCAAAGUAAUUUAAAGAAAUUUUUAUUUUUUACACUCGGGUCUAUUCCUUGGUAAAGGGAGGUGGUUGUGUUUUCCUUGUGUUGGGACAGCAUGAGAUUAUGUGAAUUUUUUGAUUUAAAAAAAAAAAAAAACAAACUGAAAGAUGUUUCACAGGGAUGACAGACAAGACGUGUAUGACUGUGCAUGUGAUUAGAAACCCCCAAACUUUCUGGUGGGCCUGGAGCUUCUUUUUAGAAUUUGGGACGCACAAGCAUCACUCACAUGGGAAGUUAGGAUUGGGGUAAGGGAGCUGACAAGGGUCAGGACCCAGCUCCUGGCAUCAAGGACUUAACCAUGUUAGAUCCAAAAGUAGCCCCCAAAAUAUGAAGCCUGAGCUUGUCUCUGGGGAGUAAGUUGGACUUGUAUCCAACUCAUGUGCAGUGCUGUGGAAUGCCCAAGAAGGUAACAGUGGAUAAAGUGUAGAAUGUACCCCAUGAUAGCAAUGGAUAAAGUGUACCAAAUGGACUUUGAGCCAGUGGUUUUAAAAGUCAAUGUGGUAUAUCACCCACAUACUGACAGUAGUGGGGUUCAUUUGGUUUUCAGAUUGGGUACUUUUCACACUUUAGUGCCUGACUGCUUCUUCACUGACUUUUGAUUCAGUCACUCGUAGCUUUAUUGGUCUGAACCAACUCCUUGUUCCAAGGUUGCAGACUUGCUUAUCGUUCCAAUAAUCCUGUUUCACUUGAAUGAAGGGAGUAUGUCUUAAAAUGUAACGCUUCUGGUUCUCACACUGUACUCUGAGGUCCAAAUGACUGUCUGUCAAUGUGUAACCUGAUGUGUCAAAUCUCCCAGUAAGAAUAAAUGUUUGGAUGUUCACUGGAUUGGGAGGCUUCACCAGAACAGGCUUUUGCUUUGGGCUCUGCUGUUUAUUUGCAGAAAACCCAAGUGUGAACAAAAUUGCUCUCUUCGCAGCAGUACCUUAGGGUUUUGCCAUUGUAAAUGGGUCUAAUGUGAUAUGACAAGACCAGAAAAAUUGGAUGUAAAUUUACAUAUUUGAAUAUACUGCUUGUUGUUUCACAUGAUACAUUUAGGGUAUGCAGCUCCUUUUUUUGUAGUUUUUAUUUUUACUAUUUAAGUUUGGAAAUGAUGCCAAAUUUUUGUAUUUCUUUAAUCAAUGUGUUCUCUUUGGUGAUAUAUAUUGCAUUAUAUAUUGAUGUGUGUAUCAAUAUAUACUGAUAUGUAUUACACUUACACAUACACAUACGAGGGGGUGAAAAUCGUAGCCUUCGCAUUCUAUAUAGCCUCUGCAGAGAGAUCUUAAGCAGCGAAAUCUUGGUGUUGUGAUGUACAGAAAUGGAGAAGAGUAUUAAACCAUAUUUAAGAAUA